GUUUAGUACGUCCUUUUUGCAAAAAGUUUUCUGGAUCAUAUACAGCCACAGUGGAUUUACUUUGUGAUAUAAGCCUGCCAGAUCAAGAUCACUGCAUGACGCUGAUAUUUAUCACUUGUAAAGGAGUAUAAAUUGUGACAGAGGCUGCAGAUAGGCUUUACUACAAGAUCUGAUCCAAGUUAUUGUGAACAGUCAUGAUUUCACUGGUUGCAGUGGCUGUAAUUCUUCUCUGGGGUGCCGACUUUAAACCCCCCAAGGCUGUUGCAUUCAAAAUCUUUCCCUCUGAUGCCUCCCUGAAUCAUCAAGAAAUCACAGAGACCGCCAUCAUCACCAAGGUGGCAGCAGUGUGCCGUGACAUGGCCACUGCCCAGGGAAAAGACUUUACACUUCCUGCCAACAGCAAACUAACUGUUGCUACUGUCCAAAAAGCUUGCUCAAGCUCAAAUUCUGCCCUCUUAAAAGCAACAAAUUUUAAGUUGGCUAUAGUUCAAAUUUCCCUCAACAACAUAGCUGUGGAUAGAAAACAAUUCAGUAAUGCACAUCAUUUUGAUAAUGAGGCUUUCAGGGAGGGACGGGACCUCAUCACUCAGGGCAUAGCCAAAGUUAAAAUCAAUCUGAAAGAGGGAGAUUACAUGGCUGCCCGAAUAAACUUGGGGACUGUCACCCAUUCUUUACAGGAUUUCUAUAGCCACAGUAACUGGGUGGAACUGGGAUACGCUGGACCCUAUAGCGACUUGAUCAAACCGGACAUUCCUCUCGCAAAAACAGCAGACUCCAAAACAGCAACAUGCAAAAGCUGUGUCAACGACGAUUGCACUGAUAACAUUCUGCCAGAGAUCCAGAAGAACAAGAUAUUAACUUCUGGAUAUUUCAGCCUUGUAUUCCCCAAAAAACCUGCAGGCAAAUGUAGCCAUGGUGGGUUUGAUGCGACCAGCUUGAAAGACCCCACUGGAGGUAUUAAUAAGGAUGAUGUCGACUCUGAUCACGGCUUCCUUCACCCACGUGCUGCAUACAUGGCCAUCGACGCUACCAUGGAACUUCUAGAAGACAUACGGCAGGCCGUGAACCAAACAGCCUUUCUUCGACUUCUGGGUCUCACUCAGAUAUCAGCGCUGGUCUUUGUGAUUGACACAACAGGCAGUAUGUCUGACGAAAUUGCAGAAGUCAAGAAAGUGUCCAUCAAUAUUAUAGACAGCAGAACAGGAACAGCAGUGGAACCUACAGAAUACAUGCUAAUUACAUUUAAUGAUGCAGAUGUUGGACUGACAAGGACAGGGGAUAUUGACAAUUUCAAACAGCAAAUCAAUUCUCUUUCAUCAUCUGGUGGAGGAGACUUCCCUGAAAUGUGUUUGUCAGGGCUGCUGGUGGCAUUAACAAGAGCUCCCCCAUCAUCAGACAUUUUUGUUUUCACUGAUGCUUCAGCAAAGGACUCCGCAUUAAAAAGCGCGGUUGAAGCCAUGAUAGAAAGCACUGCAUCUACAGUCACAUUCCUGUUGACAAGCUCCGUCUCAUCGCGUAGGAAAAGGGAGGUCUCCGACUCUCAGAGUUCUUCAUCAAGGCCCAUGUCUCAGUCAGAAAUACAGUUGUACAAAGACCUGACUCAAGUCUCUGGUGGACAAACUUUAGAAGUCACAAAAACAACGCUGUCUGAGGCCUCUACAGCCAUUACAGAUACAUUUGCCUCUGGUCUGGUCACAGUUCUUCAAGUGGCCAGGAGUGCAGGGAGUGCAGGAAACUUUUCUUUCCCAUUAGAUACAUCUCUGUCCAGUGUGACGGUAUAUAUCACUGGUUCUUCUCUUGUUUUUACCCUCUACAGCCCCACAGGUGUGUCUCAGUCAGAUUCAGUGACAGAUGGCUCUCUAGGUAUUAUCCAGACUGUGGGGAAUCUAAAGAAAAUCAAACUCAAGUCUAACAGCCAGACAGGGGAAUGGAGCAUCGAUAUUAACUCAACAAGUUCCUACACUCUGAGAGUCAUUGGUCAGAGUUCUGUGAACAUCCUCUCGUACUUUGUGGAGAUAAGUCAGGAAGGUCAUUCAGACUCAUGGGGACAAAUUUUCACUCGCCCUUCUAUUGGUCAGAACGCCACCUUGUUUCUCUCUGUGACUGGGGGUGAAUCGGUCACAGUGACUGAUGUGCUUCUAGUUGAUGCUUCAGAAUCUAAUUUUGUCAAAGGAUCCGUCAAAUCAGUAGGCGGGACAGACUACCUAGUUAGUCUUAACAGAAUCCCUGAGGGGACAUUUGGGCUUCGGCUUAAAGGGCUGUUGAAUAACUCAUCUAACCGAUUCCAGAGGCAGUCAUCUAAUCAUCGUAAAGGAUCUAGAAUAACUGUUAAGGCCCCAAUACAGAACACUACAACGCCUGGAGUUCCUUUCAGUUUCAACUUUACAGUGUCUACUAAUGCCACAGCAGGUAACUACACUAUCCGAGCCAGGACUAGCAACGGCUUCAGCGUGUCUGUCCCCAGCUCCCUGAAUGUGGAGUCAGGGAGAAGUGCUCAGGGAACCGCAACCCUGACCGUGCCCUCCAUCACAAAGUCUGGGACUGAUGUCACCCUCACCAUUGAGGCAGAAGCUCCAGGGUCCACUGAUCUAAAUUAUGCCACACUGCGACUCACUGUCUCAGCUGCAAGAGGAAGGUUUAGUGGCUUGUACUCCUUCUCCAUGUGUCUGUCUCUCUUUGGAUUAUUUCUGUCUCUUUUUAUGUGAUGAGUAGUAUCAAAAUGCUGAAAAUGUGUUCUGUACAUUAUUCUAGAUCUGUUGUAGGUUGUAGGAUAGUAGCAGCCUGGAAAUACUAUCAUACUGCAGCAGAAACUCUUAUAUAUUACUCAUUUAUAUAUAAGCAUUCUUUAAUACAAAUAUGUGUGUUUUUGC